AUGAAAUACGGCAAGGAAUUCCAGAGCAUCCUCGAGUCCUCCUCCUUCCCCGAUGACUGGAAGCACUCUGCGAUCGAGUACCGCAAGCUGAAAAAGCUCAUCAAGGAUGUCGUCCUCGAGCUCGAGGGAAUGGGGUUAUCCCCCGAAGUGCUGAAUCGAUUGCUCGUCACCGACGCCCGAUCACCUGGCAACAGCGAGGGUAACACCCCAGAACCGCUGUCGAGGUCCGAUGGAGAGAAGGAGCCCGAGUUUGAGUUCGAGUUUGAGGACCCGGGAGUUCUCGGCGCGAAUGGGGAACCGGAGCUGAGGGUCGAGGAGCUCGAGAGUGAGCAUCGGUAUCGUGUCAGGCUGAGGGGGAGGGAAGACAGUCCCGCGAGGCUAGCUGGCAGCGCGACGAGUCCCGCGCCCAUCUCCGUCUCCGAUCUCAUGAUGCAGCGCACGCCCUCAGCAACAUCCAGCGUCGAGCACCGACCCCGCGUGCGAAGAGGCGUCAAAGCGGAAUACAUCCUGGACGAACUCGAGUCCGAGUCUGACGACAUCCUUCUCGAGUCGCCGGCGACCACGCUCUCAGAGCUCGAUACCGAAGACGAGAGCGACGACAUCGAUGAGCCACCCGUCAUCCCUCCGAGCCCGCAGCUGCGAAAGAUCCGCUCCGUGCCCUCACCCAUCUGGGCCAUGGCGGCGGGUCCGGAGCGGGGAAUGCGCGAGCUGUCCCUUGGCGAGGCGCACGACGAGGAUGCGACCCCGACAAUGGCGGCGAGGCACUAUCCCGCCCCGCCGACAGCCGGUCUUAGCGAACUCGGCGCGCCGACACUCAACAGCAUUCGCGAGAUGCCGUCCCCGCCGCAAGGCUAUGCUGAGCUGCCCACCACACCGGCAGCGUUCACGGGCGGCGCAACCAUUACGGAGAUCCCGUCGCGGCCCGGCUCCGUCGCCUCCGAAGCGGGCAUUCGGGGCGUCGCCUCAAGCCCAGGGAGCGAGUACAUCAUCCCGCUCGAGGCGGACGUGCGCUUCUUCGAGGUACUCACUGCAGCGCUGCAAUCUCUGACAGAGUUCCACAAGGAUCAGCAAGAGCUCUUCAGUGCCUCCGUCCGACAGCUGUGUGCGCUUGUUUCCGCGUCGAUCCAGCCCAGCGGAGACGUUAUCGACCUCCCGACCCCGCCCAACUCCAUGUCCGACCCAACGCCCUACGUGUACCACAGCACGCAUCCGAGCCAGAAGGAUCUGUACGCCUGGCGGCAGAUCUUCUCGCUGUGGGUCGAGGCCGAGAUCUUUGAGAGCAAUGCGGAGAGGGACCGGGGCGAGCGCUCAGUCGACGAGGCGCAGAAGAGGCUCACGUCCUUUGCGAAUGCAGUGGUCAAGCGCGGCCUGGGCGAUCGGCGAACGCUGCGGGGCAAGAAGACGCGAAAGGCAUGGGACGAGUUCCUCCGUCUCAACGUACUGUUAUUGGAUCUGAAGCGGUUCCAGACGGCCAACAUCGAGGCGGCGCGCAAGAUCCUCAAGAAGCACGAUAAGCGCACGGCCUUAUCCGCCGGAAGUCUCGUACCCCUGGCGCGAGGGCGUGGGUGGACGUUCUACUCCACCUCGUUGCCGCACGUCCUGCUCGCCUCUUUGACCGAGACGCUCCUGCCCAUCCUGCCAAGCCUGGACGACUACGCGUGCCUCAUUUGCAUGUCGAUUGCAUUCAAGCCGAUCCGUCUCAGUUGCGGACACUUGUUCUGCGUGAGGUGUCUUGUCAAGAUGCAGCAGAGGGGGAGCAACAACUGCCCCCUGUGCCGGAAGGAGACGGUCCUCAUCGCGGACAAGACGAAUCUCGACUCGCACUUGAUGAACUUCAUGAAGGACUGGUUCCCCCGCGAAGUGCGCGAGAAACAGAGCGAGAACGCAAAGGAGAUCGCGAAGGAGAAUCUCGAGGAUGCGGGGAUUGACCCGAGCACAGACGACAUGGUGUCCACGUUCCCUCCGCACCUCGGCCCCUCAGUCGCCCCCUCCCCUCAAGGCCCGCCGACCGUCCUCCUGCCCCUCUCGCGACCUCCACCCUCCACCGCCCCGCCGCACCCAGACCGUCCAUCUCUCCCUGCGUCCUUCAACCCCCCAGCAGGAUGGGAACGUACCCUCCAUGCAGCCCCAGCCGCAUACCCGAAACAGAGCCGGGUCUCUUACGGCGCACACUCCCGCUCUUCUGCGCCGUACGGUCCCGAACCGACAUCCAAGGAGCCGGUGGAGGUCCGGCGAAAGCGGUUCGCGGACGAAGCGAAAGUGAUCGUGAAGGGAAAUCUGGAGGCCGAGGCUACGCAAUGGAAGCCGGAGGAGAUCGGGCAGGCCCAGAAGGAGGCAGGGGAGGGCCAGUGGCUGAGUAUCGAGCGGUGGAGGCGUCUCGAGCCCGUCGAGGGGGGCGUGACGCUCGUGUGUGCCCAUGCCAAUGGACUGAACAAGGAGCAUCUCCUCACAUCCUCCCGCCCCGGGGUGUUUGGCACCGACACACCCCUCCCUUCGAGCCUGCAGGUCAACGACGUCUGGCUAGUGGACGACACGCACCACGGCGUCUCUGUUGCCCUGAACGCGGGCCGGCUCAACGAGAAGGUGACCUGGGACGACGGGGCGCGCAACCUCCUCAACUUGAUCAAGCACGUCAUCCCCGCCUACCCCUCGACCGCGGGCUGGCAACUCGACUGGCAUGAGAGUCCAGGCCGCGUCCCAGUCAUCGGCGUCGGGCACAGUAUCGGCGGGAACAACGUCGUCCUCGCCGCGCUCACUGAACCCGAGCUCUUCACGGGCGCCUUCCUCGUCGAGCCGAUGUGUACCCCCAAAGCCUGGGGACAUCGGCAGGCCAUGGCCCUGACGACGCUGAAACGGAAGGAUACGUGGGCGAGCCUCGAGGCCGCGGCAGAGAUGAGGAACUCGCCGCUGUGCAAGGACUGGACCGACGCCGUGUUCGAUCUCUGGCUCCGGACGUCCCUGGUCCCGCACCCUUCUGGUGGAGUUCAGCUCGCGACACCGCGAUGGUGCGAAGCCACCUGCUUCGCGUCCCCCUCCGCCCCACAGAGGGCAUGGGACGCGCUCGAGCAGCUCAAGAUUCCCGUUGGGUUCGUCAUGGCUGCCGAUACGAGAUGGAUGGGCGGGGAGAAGGCGGCGCACGAGAUGUGUCACCGCCCCAGGAGGAGUAGGCACGAGGUCGCCCACGCGGGACACUUGAUCGUGCAGGAGAAACCGGAGGAACUCGGAGAGGCGAUGGGCAGGUUUAUUGCUACGCUGGGGGCGGGGGUGUGGGACCAGACUGAUGCGCGGUUGUAG